AUGAAAAAGGCGGGCACACCCUAUCGACCUGCGACGACUCCAUCGCCUCGGAAGGAUCGGUCGCGAGAGGCUACGUCUGUGUUGCCGAAUCUAAAGUUCAACAUUGCCCAUGCGUCGAUUCAAAAAGAGAUCAAUAUCCUCUUGAACGUCGACCCGACGACUGACGAGACCUUUCAAACGACCUUACGCCUUACAAAGCAGCCUUCGAAACUACUGAAUCAGGGCAGCAGCAGUCAGCGAAUCUCGGUGUCCCUUCCGUCUCCCCAUCGUUAUACCCCCAGGGCCGAAACUCGACAAGCGAUCAAGACAUUCCAUCGCUUGUUUGUGCCCGAACCCGAGCGGCCGCGGCGGAAACCAUCGGUCAGUCCGUUGAACUUGGACGAGGAUAUCGAUUCGGCAACGAAUAAGUUUGGUAUGCCUGAAGAGGACGACACGUACAUAGCCCACGUUACGACCAUGAUCACGAACAAAGCAGGCAAAGCAAUCAACAUCCCUAAGACCCCCCGUCACAAUGGGUGGAACAUCAAAGAUGUCAAAAACAACUAUGGCUGGGGAGGCAAAGUGCAGUUUAUGGCGCAAGUUCGAAACACCAAUCACGACAGUAACGUUAUUGCCCCAUCUUCCCAGCAACCCGACGAGUCUCGAUCACCCGUGAAAGUCGACGCCGCGGACAUGGAACAUGUCAACUUGGACAACAUGCUAUGCGCUGAAAAGUACAUUCACACGUGCUUCAAGAUGGAGGUCACGCCAGAGCCAUUGAUCAUUCCCAAGCGAGAAGCAAACGGCAUCGACUUGUCGUACUACGGCACUGGAAGCAAACCCAUGGAUGCGCUGUCGUCCUGUUUGGGGUCCAUUCCAAAGCUGCAGACGCUAGUGGUCAAAGAGAAUCGCCUCUCGGACGCCGCGAUCGUCAACAUACUGCAGAGCUCAGACUUUACGCGCCUGCUGACCCUCAACUUGACCAGAAACCGCAUCCGCCAGCGUAGCACGCAUGCCAUCCACACGUUUCUAAACCAGAAUCGGGUGGUGCAGACGUUAGUCUUGUCCGAUUGCGAUCUCCACUCGGACUUUAUCAAGUGCGUGGAGGAACCGCUGGCCAAGAAUCCGUCGCUGACGGUACUCGACAUCAGCAAGAACAAGCUAGACGACGUGUGUGCCACCGCCCUCGCGACCAUUUGCAAAGACAACUCCAACUUGACCACCCUCGACUUAAGUUGGAACAGUUUUCGAUCCAAGGGGGCGGCCGGUCUCGCCGAGGCGCUGCAGCAAAACCAGUGUCUCCAGAACUUGCUCCUGAGCUGGAACGGGAUUGGCCACGGCGACGGCGCCCACCGCCUCGCCCAUGCAUUGCGAAACAACGGGUACCUUCAAAAACUCGACCUCACGGGGAAUUCCAUCACGACCGACGCUACGCUGGCCCUCGCAAACAUGUGGGCCGAGUCGAGUGUGCUGGAGAUCUUAAUUUUGGACCAGAACCCCAUUGGCACGGAAGGGCUGCGGUCCAUCUUUCGGGCGUACAGCAACCCUGCGACAAAGACCCAGGGUCGCAUGAUCCAGUUCGAUUCGUGCACGUUGCACCACAACGACCCUGUGUUUGACCCCAACAGUUGCAGCGGGCACCAUGUGAUUGACAUGGACAACGUCCACACGUUUUGGCGCGCGCUCGAAGUGCUCCGGCUUGUCAACUUGUAUCCGAGCGCAUGCGAGUUUGAAAAUGUCGUGCACACCACGCCCUUGGAUGCCAAACACUUGACGUUCCAUCGUCUCGCGGUGGGCGCGCCGUCCGUUGCCGAGGAGAAUCCGAUGGCCACCACUACCUCCACGGGGGGAGGAGGAGCCCCCUUGAUGGUGCAUUUGAUGGCGCUGGCGUCGCACUCGACGCCCUGGCAUGUCCCCCUCACGGGCACGUUGUCGUUUGACUUCAAAUAUCACACCAAGGUCCACAACCCCGUCGCCACCGACCUAGACGCUGUGACGGUGUUUUGGAAUAUAUACUCGACGCUCGAGUUCGACUCGGAUCGCGUCAAGUACAUCAAAAUGUACUUGAACGACCACUACGUGACGGCCGCCCAAGCGCGUCAUUUCCUCACGACGGUCACGUCCAUCGAUUCCCACACUGAUCUCGUCCAUUUGCUGCUGCAAAAGGUGUCGGACACGGAAAACCUCUUGGCGUGGGCGUCCAAACCCCAGCUGCCGACCAAACACCAAUCGUUUCUCAAUCAGUGUGCCGGCAAGUUGCUCUACUUCGACGGCAGCAUGCCCAAUGGCGCGUACGCGCUGGACCUGUCCUCGGCCAUCGACCAACGCAUUGCUUCGCAACUGUUUCGCAUUUCCGGCGACGACAAGCUCUACAACAAGCAACACGACGGUGCCAACACGAGCCAGACCGGCAACUGGGAAUGCUUUCGCAAUGAAACACUCGACGGUGACCGCUACGCGUUCAACCGGUCAUUUGGGCUGCCGGAAAAGGGCCUGUUUGCAUUCGACUUUGUCGUGACGUCGCGGCUGCCCCUGGCCACCCCCACGAUUUCGCCCGAGCUGUUUGAAACCGUGUGCAGACAAGCGGGCGCUUCAAGCCCCCAAUCGUUGCCCUCUCGCUCUGACAUGCAUCGAGCGCAAACCGCCAAGCCAUCGCACACGUUUUCCGUGACCGUGGCGCUACCGCCGCCCAAAGCCGUAACGCAUGAAACGUACGAAGCCCGUCGAGCAGAGAUGAAGCGAAUGUUUGGACUGGGCCAUGUCGGCGUCACAGCCACACAAGUCUUGGAGCUUGCCGAGUGCUUUCGGGACGUGGACCAAGGUCGGGUGGACUGCGUCGUGACGAUGCUCAACCAUGUGUUGGACCUCGGGGACUUGUUUACGCGAGUGCGGGCGUCGUGGGCGCCAAGCGAAGUGACGUCGCUGGUGCAUCGAGUGGGAUGGCUAAAUAUCUGGAACCCCGCGUACGCUGAGAUGGACUAUACGCUCAACUUGACAGUGUGGGAAGAUCACCAAAUGGCGCUGAUUUUGGCGCAGUUGGGGGACAUUGAACCCGGGGAAAACUGGGUCGACGAAACGUACAACAACCUGUUUGGGUGGGAAUUGCCCCUGAGUUGGGUGCAGGGAAAAAUUCCCCACGUCGGCCGCCUCUACUUGCGCUACACGACUGGCCCGAACCACAAAUACAGAGUCGUGUCGGCUCGGGAAGAGCUCAAGAAGCGGACGUUGAGCGGCAAAGUGUCGGUGCUGGAAACGGUGCCAGGCAACGGCAAGUCAACCGACUUGCGACCGCCCAGCAUAGUCCGGCGGAAAUCCAUCCACCAAGUAGCAUUAUAG